AUGUCUCUCCAAACACCACUAUGCUCUCUCCUCAAGAUCCAACACCCAGUGCUGCUAGCUGGCAUGGCCCGCGCAUCUGGAGCUCCACUAGCAGCAGCAGUCUCUAAUGCCGGAGGCCUAGGUACAAUCGGCGGACUGGGUUAUACACCAGCGCAGCUAUCAGAGAUGCUCACAGAGCUCAAGUCACUCCUCCGGGACCCCUCUCUCCCCUUCGGCGUGGAUCUCGCCCUUCCGCAAGUCGGAGGCUCAGCGCGCGCAACAAACCACGACUACACACACGGCCAACUGGACGAGUUAAUCGAGGUGACCAUCUCGCACGGGGCCAAGCUCUUCGUCUCAGCCGUUGGCAUCCCGCCAGCGAAGACCAUCAAACGACUCCACGAGGCCGGCGUUCUGAUUAUGAAUAUGGUCGGUGCUCCGAAGCAUGCCCACAAGGCGUUCAAGGCAGGCGUCGAUAUUGUCUGUGCGCAGGGCGGCGAGGGCGGCGGUCAUACUGGCGAAGUGCCGUUCUCCGUUCUCGUACCUGCUAUUGUGGAUGUUGCGCGGCAGUAUAAGAGUCCGUUGACUGGCCAACCCGCACUUGUCGUUGCAGCUGGUGGUAUCAAUGAUGGACGCAGUCUGGCGGCGUCGUUGAUGUUUGGUGCUGCCGGUGUUUGGGUGGGCACGCGGUUUGUGGCCUCCGAGGAGAGCGGUGCUAGUCGCUUGCAUAAGGAGGCCGUCAUCGGGGCGCAGUUUGGUGAGACCAAGCGCACGCUUGUUAUCUCUGGUCGUCCGUUGCGCAUGCUGCCCAAUGAUUAUAUUAAGGAGUGGGAAGCGCGGCCUGCUGAUAUUGCUGCGCUGACGUCGAAGGGCGUUGUUCCUAUGAUGCAUGAUUUGGAGAACGAGAAGGACAUCGACAUGCCGUUCCUCAUGGGCGAUGUCUCGGCCAGCGUUAAGCAGAUCCAACCAGCCGGGACCAUUGUGAAGGAAAUGGUUCAGCAGGCUGUCGAGAUGCUCAAAGUCGGAGGCUCAUAUAUCACAGCCACAGGGUCUGCGAGCAAACUAUAG